CGCGACCGAAAAGUCACUUUCCCUACUGGCGGCCAAUGACGGCGGUAAGGAGGAAGCACGGCGGGGCGUCCUGGCGCAGCUGGCGGCAGCAGCUCAUCAAGGACCGCAUGCGCGGCGAGUCCUUCCAGCGCUGGGCCGCGCGCAACAUGGACAACUCACUCUUCGCGUCGCUCCUCGACAUUGUCCAAGUGAUCCUCGGGGUCUUUGUCACGCUGCUCUACUUUCAAAAGAACUGGGUCACAUGGGACACCUCGAUGGACGGCCCCGUCCUUCGCGUCGUGCACGCCGUGUUUGGCACGCUCUUCCUCCUCGACUACUUGCUGCGGCUGUAUGCGGCCGACAACAUGGAGACGUACGCCUUCAGUCCACUCGCGAUGAUCGAGCUCGUCUCGAUCCCGUCGCAGUUCGUCGAGGUGCUCUUCAGCGAAGCGCAGAACCGCGACAACAACAUCCUCUUUGGCGCCAUGAAAUGCCUUCGACCGUUCCGAUGCCUGCGCUGCUUUCGGCUCCUCGCCUUUGCCAAGACGGCGCGCACGCGUGAGACGGGCAUGCUCUUCUUCGCCGUCCUUUCCAUCAUCAUUUGCUUUGGCGCAGUGCAACAGGCCAUGGAGGCGUGCUUUUGCAACGACCUGCCCGGAUUGGACCCGAGCAACUGCUCGGUUGUCGACCGGAAUACGACGGGGCACUGCCAGGACAUGGAGAUCUACAACGCCAUGUACUUUGUUGUCAUUACGAUCGCGACGCUCGGGUAUGGCGACAUCGCACCCAAGUCGACGUACGGCCGCAUCAUCGUGAUUGUGCUCAUCAUCGCGUCCACGGUGCUCCUCCCGCUGCAGAUCUCGACGCUCAGCGACGUGCUCAACCGCGACACCGAGUACGACAAGGCGUACACGGCGCGGCGGGAGCAGAGUCCGCACGUUCUCAUUUGCGGCGAAGUGACGUCGGGCGCCUUGGAUUUCUUCCUGCGGCAAUUUCUGCACCCGAACAACCUCAACUGGAAGGACAAGGUGGUCAUUUUGUGUCCGUCACUGCCGUCGCACAACCUCAAACGCGUGCUCCUCAACGCAGCUUACGAGCAGCGCGUCAUGUACCUUCAGGGCUCUGCGAUGCUGGACGCCGACCUCAAGCGUGCGAGUGCCGCGACCGCGCGCCUCUGCUUUGUGCUGACCAACCAGCAGGCGCGGGAUGCGGAUCGGAGCGACACGUCGUCGAAUUUCAUCACGAUUUCGCUGCGCCGUUUCAACAAACACCUGCCGAUUUUCGUGCAAGUGCUCAAAACCGACAACAUUCGGCACGUCCACCUCUCGGGCGCCAACAACAUUGUAUGUCUGGACCAGCUCAAGCUCGGUAUUCUUGCGCGCUCCUGCGUCUUACCUGGCGUCUCGGCGUUUGUGUGCAGCAUCCUCUUUGCCUUCCGGCCAUUCCGAGGCGUCGACCGCUCGCACGUGUGGGCGUCCGACUUUCUUCGCGGCUGCAGCAACGAUGUCUACGACGUGCGCGUGCCGAGGUUCCUCGACGGACUUGUCUCGUUUGCGUUCCUGGCAUACGUGCUCUUCCAAGAGUUUGGCAUUGUCCCAAUUGCCAUGGGCCACAACGACGAGUACCGGCUCUUUCCUGCGAAAACGCGGGUCCGCUGCGACUACAAAGUGUACAUCUUGUCGACGUCACCCGACUGUUCGCGGCGCGUCGGCGCCCUCUCCCUCGUCCUGCUCCAAAAGUACCAAACGAUGCUCGACAACUUUGACGAAAUCACGCGCGCAUGGAACAAGCACUCGUUCACGUCCAAGCUCGCGACGCGUGUCCAGCAGUCCAGCCGGCGGCUGCUUUUGACGCGCACAACGCAUCGCACGUCGCUUGUCGACAGCUCGUUCUAUUCGAUCAAGUCGAACGGCCGCGCGUCCGAAGCCGACUCGGAUGCCUCGCAUCGAUCAAGUAUCGUUGUACCAUGCACGACCGAGACGGACGUACCAACGAAUGGCGGUGACGGCGCGACGCAGGAUGCGACCGAGCCAUUUGUCUCUGCCGCACCGCAGCCGACGUCGUUUCAACCGCUGCCCAAGGUCAUCGAAGGCGACGACGAGUCGUCCGAGAAGAUGCCGUUGCCGUCGCAGCCGCACCCGGCCAAACGCCUUCCGCCGUUGAAUGUCGCUAAUAGCGCGACGCCGCCCCCCGACGCCAGUGCGACGCAGGUCGUCGUUCAACAGGACAAGAACACUCGGUCCAACUCGCAGCUCUCGCUCGACUACCUCUCGUUCCUAUCAACGCGCGUGCCCGACGACUUGGAAGAUCACAUUCUUCUCUGCGGCAUGCCCAACAUGCUCCACGACUUUGUCGCGCCGUUGCGGCAGCCCAAUCGCCCACAAAAGAAGUUUGCGCCCGUCGUUCCCAUCGUGGUCUUGAGCGCGACGCCGAUCUCGGAGAAGCAGCACGCAAGCAUUGCGCACUUCAAGCACGUCUACUUCCUCCAUGGCUCCCCACUGCAUUUGAACGUCUUGACGACCGCGUGCGCCGCCAAGAGCAAAAGCGUCGUCAUUCUGAGCUCGACCAACGACGAUGACUGCGACGACGAGCCGGAUCUUGUCGAUGAAAACAUGAUUGAUACCGAUGCGCUGACGCUCUAUCGGUUCGUGACGGAGUUUUGUGAGACGAGCCGCCACCCGGACAUGCCGCUGCCUCGGAUUCUGAUUGUGCUUAACCGGCCGAGCAGCCUCCGCUUUGUCAAGGACGAACACAACAAGGAGCCUGCCGACGAAGAGACGAUCGAGAUCCUUCGUGCGCAUAAGCGCCAAGUGCUCUCGCGGUCCGAUGACCCGCUCGACAGCAUUUGCACCCCCAUCUUUGCAUCCGGCAAGGUCUUCUUCCCCAAUGCACUCGACGCGCUUCUUGGCACAUGCGACAAGCACGGCAGCAUCAUUGACCUCAUGUACCUCUUCAUUCUGGGCGAGCCGCCGCGGGGCGACGAGGCCGGGCGAUGUCUCGACCAGAUCACGAUUCCGCCGACGCUGUGGGGUCGACCGUACGGCGCGUGCUUUGAGAGCCUCCUUUUGCACCACAAUAUUCUGUGUUUGGGCCUGUAUCGCCCGCAGACCCACCAAAACAGCUACGUGUACGUCAACCCGAGCGCCGACGUCUUUGUGACGCCCAAAGAUAUUCUAUUUGUCCUGCGAUAACAACGAGGAAAAGUUGUCCACGUCGUGUUGAUUGAAAGGUCGCCGUUUGUAACAAAAAUCAACUAUUUAAC